CAGUCUGUGCUCUGAAUGAGUUUUUCCUCUCAGCAGAGCUGAAAGGGGCAGUCAAGGCUCUGCUUCACUUCACUCUGCGGGCAGAAACUUCCGGGGGAAAUUUCUUAAUAGAAGGGUUUUUUGAAGGACUGUGGCUGGUUUUGCAAACAGGUGUUUUCUCACAGGAAAGCACUUCAUAUCUUGUGCCCCAGGCAGGUUCACUACGAUGGUUUCCACCCCCCAGAACCGCCAGACCUUCAUCAAUUCCGUUGUCAAAUUCCUGCGCCAGUAUGGAUUCGAUGGGCUGGACCUGGACUGGGAAUACCCCGGCUCCAGGGGCAGCCCAGCCCAGGACAAGGGGCUCUUCACCACCCUGGUUAAGGAAUUGCUGGCAGCCUUUCAGCAGGAAGCCCAACAGACCAACCAGCCCCGUCUCAUGGUCACCGCGGCCGUGGCUGGAGGACUUUCCACCAUCCAGGCUGGCUACGAGAUUGCUGAGCUGGGCAAGUACCUGGACUACAUCCACGUGAUGACCUACGACUUCCACGGCCCCUGGGACGGCUCCACCGGCGAGAACAGCCCCCUGUUCAGCAGCGGCAGCACCCUCAGUGUGGAAUACGCCAUGAACUACUGGAAGAACAACGGUGCCCCAGCUCAGAAGCUCCUGGUUGGCUUCCCGACCUAUGGAAAGACCUUCACCCUGCAAAACCCCUCCAACACCGGGAUUGGGGCCCCAUCCUCUGGCCCUGGGCCAGCAGGACCCUACACCAGGGAGGCCGGGCUUCUGGCUUACUAUGAGAUCUGCUCGUUCCUGAACACCGGAGCCACCCAGGCUUGGGAUGCCCCCGAGGACGUGCCCUACGCCUACAAGGGCAACGAGUGGAUUGGCUACGACAACACGAAGAGCUUCAGCCUGAAGGUCGACUGGCUGAAGCAGAACAACUUUGGAGGGGCCAUGGUUUGGACCAUCGACCUGGAUGACUUCACUGGCACUUUCUGCCACGAAGGCAAAUACCCCCUGAUCUCCACCCUGAAGAAGGGCCUUGGUCUGUGAGCAGCGGCUGCAAGACCCGUGAACGGUCCAGUCCUCAAGUCCCUGUAGCUCCUAAUGUGGAAGCAGCAAUUCAGGGGACUGGCCAUGAAGAUCCCAAUCCUGUUCCCACCCACAGACCCCUCUGAUCUAAUUGCACACAAUAUGAAUGAUUAAAUAAAGCUUCCUGCAAAAGCAA